AUGUCUAUGACAAACAUUUAUGAAAUAAUUAAUAGUCUCGCUUUUACUGACAAGGAAAAGACUACACUACGCUCUUACUUUUAUAAAAAUUCUAAUGAAAUAGAUAAAGCUUUAAGUAUUAUUGAUACUUGCCAAAUGCCUGAAGCGAAACUUGACUUUAUAAAGAAGACUUUCUUGAAGACCGUACAAAAAUUAAAAGUCGCUGAAGCAUUUCCCACUGGACUACCGUACAAAAAGCCAAUACCCUUGCUUUCCAGUACUGGUUCGCAAUGGGAUUACCAAUUGGACGAAGAUCUGCGUGAAAUGUUGCAAGGGACGAUCAAGAAACAUUAUCAAAAAUUUAAGGAAAAUGUUAGAGACAAAACAGAGAUACCAUUUUACUUUUUCGUUUCUGGGCCUGGAACCGGAAAGUCCCGUAAUGCAACCGAAUUACAUCAAACAGCACUGAAAAUUAUAUCUGAUCCUGAACUAAAAAGUCGGCUUGAGAAAGCAUGGGUAUUUUAUGUUAGUCUUGAAAAUGGUCAUAGCUUAAGACCUAUUGAAAAGGAUAGUUAUGUGGCUAUUGCUACUCGAAUGCUCUUCCAACUUCUUGAAGAGAGAUUGGACACUGUAAUUGCCAGAUAUGAGUUAACAUCCCCAUGGGAUGUUUUGAAUUUGGUUGCAAUAUAUGAAAACAAAGAGUUGGAGAGUGCUACCUUCAUAUUAGUAAUUGAUGGCAUGCAAAAUAUGAUAGAAAGUAAAGACGAUGGCCUUUAUAAAGAAUCUAAAUUCUAUAAAACUUUGACAACCAUCGGUGAACUUUCGUUGGAAAACAUAUUUUGUAUCACAUGUUGUACGAUGACAACGACAGGACCAAUAGAAUUCUUCCUCGCUGAAUCGUCAAGAUAUCGUGUAUUCCUACCAGUUUCGCCCCUGAAACCUCCAACUAUAGCUUCCAAUCCCGUUUUUGAAAUUGACAAUUCUAUCAUACGCCUCCUAGUCGGAGAUUGUGGUGGACAUGGGAGGGAAUUAGAAGUUCUGCAACAAACUCUAACCAAUAAUAAUAACAUUAAAAACAGUAAUUUUAUGGAAAAUUUUCAUAAUCAGCUCAAAUACCGAUAUAAGAGAGCCUUUUCAUACGAUGCAAACGAUGCGAAGGAGAUCGUGAGAGCAGUACUAACUCAUACAACUUUAAGUAAUUAUAGACCGAUUACAAAUAGAACAAAAUUAACACCUGAUGAAAUCACUCGUACUGGUAUGUUCCAUUUUGAAAAAAUGGGCAACUCUGACGAAGGCUAUCUUGUUAUGCCAUACAUGUGGCUUUGGGUUAUGGCCGAACAAUUUCUUGAUGAAAGGGCACCUGACCUUCAAUACUGGAGAUUCGAUGACUAUCAGGAGCACCUAUCAAAAGAGGACAAAUGCUUAGCUUCGGGAUAUUGCACUUGGCAGAACUUUGAGAUUUUUAAUGCUAACUUUCGUUGUUUAAAGUCUAGAAUGAUUGAUGAAGGCGAAAUAGUAUCAAUAUCAGAUAUACAUCGUGGAGCUAAAUUGAACUGUGAUAUCAAAUACAAAAACCAUCACCUACAUUUGGAUAUUUCAAGUCGGAAAAUUGAUACACGUACUACUCAAACAAAUUCCAAGCGAUGGUAUAUUGAAUGUGAACACAACACAAUUGAUAUUCGAGAAUGCACCCAUUGUAUCAUCAAUAAAACAUCUGCUCCACACGGAGAUGCACUUAUUGGGUUAGAUUUGCCUGACAGUAAAAACGAAGUCCAGCAAUACAAACUUUUGAAUGACCAUUCGACUUUUAACUAUAUUGUAGAAAGAAAUAAAGCAGCAUCUAAAAAAGAUUUUUUUAUAUUAAUAACAACUAAAGACCUUGAUAUUGAGCUUCCACAAAAUUCUGGAAUUGUAAACAAACAGAAUUGGAACCAAUAUUUUGGUGCUUUUUCUGGACGUGCUUUUAUCUUUGCAGUUGAAGGCCCUCCGGAUAUAAAUAAUGCAGUUCGUGCACAACUACAGUUAGUGAGCCAAGUUGGUAAAAAGCGAGCAGAAGAAAUUAUGGCGAAAAGACCAUUUAAAAAUAUUCAAGAUGCAAAGCAGAAAACGAAUAUACCAGAAAAGAUUUUAAAACGGUUUAAAUACUAG